AUGAAAAGUCGGGAUUCCAUAAUACUUUCGCGUGGUAAAACGGAUUCGGCGAGCUCAAGGCAUGCGCCCAGCGGCGGACAAAUGCAGCGGAAGGCGCCAGCACCUGCCUCGCUCGAGGAUUUCAUCAUCAAGCGGGACUAUACGGGCGCCAGAGCCUUCCUGGAGUACGCCAAUGAGGAGGACAAUGAAAGUAAACAGCGACACAUCGAUCAAUGGACCGCCUAUUGUAACUUUCAUUUGGGCGACUAUCAGCAGGCCUUGGAGCAGUACAGGACGAUUAAGUCGAGCGCACAAACAGACAACAACUUGCCAGAUCUCGAUCUGAAUGUUGCCGUUUGCAUGUUCUAUUUGGGACUGUACGAGGAGGCGCAGCAAUUGAUGGAAAAUAAUCCGCAUACAAUGGAGCUGAAGCAGCGUUUGCUCUUCCACUUGGCCCACAAGUUGUCGAACGAGGAGCAGUGGCAUCAGUUUCACGAAGUCCUGCAGGACUCGCCGUCUGUGGAACAGCAACUGAGCCUUGCCUCCAUGCACUAUAUGCGUGCCCACUACCAGGAGGCCAUCGAUGUGUACAAGCGCGUCUUGGUCGACAACAAGGACUUUCUGGCCAUUAAUGUGUAUCUGGCGCUGUGCUUCUAUAAGCUCGACUACUACGACAUGUCGCAGGAGGUGCUGGAUGUGUAUUUGAGCCAGCAUGGGGACAGCACCAUUGCCAUCAAUCUGAAGGCCUGCAAUCGCUUUCGCCUGUUCAACGGACGCGUUGCCGAACAGGAGAUCAAGAACAUAGCAGAUAAUGGCACAUUCGGAGCAGACUUGAUUCGCCACAAUCUGGUGGUGUUUCGCAAUGGCGAAGGCGCCUUGAGAGUGUUCCCUUCGCUGCUGAAUAUUGUGCCCGAGGCCAGACUAAAUCUGGCCAUCUACUAUCUAAAGCAGGGCGACAUACAGGAGGCGCACGCCCUGAUGAAAGAGGUGCAGCCCACGGUGCCACAUGAGUAUAUACUGAAGGGUGUGGUGCAUGCGGCCCUCGGACAGCAGCUGGGAUCGAAGGAGCACAUUAAGACAGCCCAGCAGAAUUUGCAUUUGGUGGGCAGCUCGGCCACAGAAUGCGAUACGAUCCCAGGGCGCCAGAGCAUGGCCUCCGCCUUCUUUCUCUACGAGCAGUUCGAGGAGGUGCUGGUCUACAUGAACUCCAUACGCAGCUAUUUCGUCAACGAUGACGUUUUCAAUUACAACUUUGCUCAGGCAAAGUGCGCCACAGGAUACUACAAGGAGGCCGAGGACUUGCUCGUACAGAUCACUGAUAUGGACAUUAAAAAUCAGCACACCUACUGCAUGAUCCUGGCCAAGUGUCACAUACAUUCCGGACAUCCUGAGCUAGCCUGGAAUGUGUUUAUUACCAGAGACACCAAUGCCGAGGCUUUUCUACUCCUGCAACUGAUUGCCAAUGAAUGCUACAAGUGCGAGGAGUUUUGGGUGGCUGCCAAGGCGUUUGAUAUGCUAGAGAAACUUGAUCCCAGUCCCGAAAAUUGGGAGGGUAAACGUGGUGCCUGCGCUGGCGUUCUAUAUGCGAUGGUCACCAAAGCUCAUCGAGGACGUCCCGGCGGCGGUAUUUCGGAAGUUAUUGGACUGCUGCGUGAAUCAUCGAAUGCACAGGCCGAGUUGAUGAUUAAGACCAUAAGGAAGCAUAUAAACACCUUUAAGUAA